AUGGAACAAACUGGCUAUAAGAUUACUUUAAUCGUUUCCAGUCUCGAAGAUGGUCGUUGGGUUACACAGUAUGAUUAUGAUGGCAACAUCAACAUAAAUUGCAUACCACAUUCUCUUAUAAAUGGACAAUCCGAGGCUAUUUCUAGUGUUUCAAGUCAUUUUCUCGGUGGAAUAAAAGGUUAUCUCUUCUUUGAGAUUGGUGAUGCUAAUUCAAGCAAUUUCCUUAUCUCCUGGGAUGUUCCAACAAUCGGCUCCCCUGUAUAUUCCAGUGAUGGACUUUCUGAAAAAAAGUAUACCAUUAAGUCCCAGAGAAGCCUUAACGAUACAGUUUAUUAUGUUACAGUUGAUUCAAAAACUCAUUGGAAUAUGAUAGUAGUCUUUUUCACAUUCCUCAUUUUACUGUGCUGUUGUUUCGGUUUUGUGAAAUUCUACUUAUCUAGAGAGCAAAAAUCUAAUUCCUUCGGACAGCAAGGACAACAAUCUUAUAAUCCCUUCAUAGAGCAAGGACAACAAGAAAAACAUACUUCAGAAGCUGUUUAA